AAAUUUAGGACAAUUUAAUUUAAUUUCUAAAUAAAACUUUGGAGGGGGUGGUGUUUGCAAUUUACUCAAUUUGUAAAUCAAACUUCAAAAUUUCCCAUUUCCAUCUCUUCAAAUUCCCGUACCCUUCCCUCUCUCCUGUUACCAUUUCUUUCUCACUACACUCACUCUCGCAUCGUCACACCUCAAAACGAUGCCGCUUUUCCUCUCCGACGAGGAGUUCUCUCGUCUCCGCCAUGACGUCGAUUCGGUGGCGGAAAAGGCUGACUCCGUCAUCCGUGACCUACGGAAAGAGCUCGAUACUGUGAGGGCUCAGGCUGAUGCCUCCUCCAUUACCGCAGAGCAGACCUGUUCUCUCCUCGAGCAGAAAUACCUAUCUCUCUCCUCCGACUUCUCUCAGCUUCAGUCCCACAAUGACCAGCUACAAUCCUCUCUCGACCAACGCCUCUCUGAACUCGCCCAAGUCCAGGCCCAGAAGCACCAGCUCCACUUGCAAGCCAUUGAAAAAGAUGGGGAAAUUGAGAGGCUAAAGACUGAUGUUUCAGAGCUGCAUAAGUCUAAAAGGCAGUUACUCGAGUUGGUGGAACUAAAAGAUUCAGAGAUUAGUGAGAAGAACGCCAACAUCAAGAGCUAUCUUGAUAAGAUUGUUAAUUUGACUGACAUUGCCUCUGAAAAGGAGGCUCGAGUAAGCGAAAGCGAAGCUGAAUUAGCACGAUCCCAGGCGGCGUGUGCCCGUUUGUCUCAGGAGAAAGAGCUUCUUGAAAGGCAUAAUGCAUGGCUUAAUGAUGAGUUGACGUCCAAAGUAGACAAUCUUAUUGAGUUGCGGAGAAAGCAUGCUGAUCUUGAGGCAGAUCUAUCUUCAAAGCUUGCAGAUGCUGAGAGACAACUUGAAGAGUGUUCUACCUCUCUAAAUUGGAAUAAGGAAAGGGCAAGAGAGCUUGAAACAAAGCUAAAAUCAUUGGAGGAGGAAUUAUGCUCAACUAAAGAUGUUGCUUCAGCAAACGAGGAACAACUAUCUGCUGAACUCUCAACAGUUAAUAAGCUUGUAGAGCUGUAUAAAGAAAGUUCCGAGGAAUGGUCUAAAAAGGCUGGAGAUCUUCAGGGUGUUAUAAAAGCUUUGGAGACACAUCUUGAUCAAGUUCAAAACGAUUACAAAGAAAGACUAGAAAAGGAAGUAUCUGCAAGACAACAAUUUGAAAAGGAAGUUGCAGAUUUGAAACUGAAACUUGAAAAGUGUGAAGCUGAAAUUGAAAGAAGUAGGAAAGAAAAUGAGUUGAAGCUUCUUCCUCUCAGUAAUUUUACUACUGAAUCGUGGAUUAAUUCAGCUGACACGAAUGACACGGUUGAGAAUGACCGAAUGCUUGUUCCUAGGAUCCCAGCUGGUGUUUCAGGAACUGCAUUAGCUGCUUCACUUCUGCGUGAUGGUUGGAGUCUGGCAAAAAUGUAUUCAAAGUACCAAGAAGCUGUUGAUGCUCUGCGACAUGAGCAGAUGGGAAGAAAGGAAUCUGAGGCAGUACUGCAACGGAUCCUGUAUGAACUUGAGGAGAAAGCUGAGCUAAUUUUGGAUGAAAGGGCGGAACAUGAGAGAAUGGCUGAGGCAUACUCUAUGAUCAAUCAGAAGCUGCAAAUGUCAACUUCUGAACAGGCAAACUUGGAGAAAAUGAUCCAGGAGUUGAAGGCUGAUCUAAGGAGGCAUGAACGUGACUAUAAUCUUGCUCAAAAGGAGAUUAUUGACCUCCAAAAACAGGUUACAGUUCUUCUUAAGGAAUGCCAGGAUAUACAAAUUCGUUGUGGAUCUUCUGGUCAAGAUAACGACACUUCUAUUGUUCCGUUUGGGAUGAUUAUAGAUUCAAAUGCUGAAAAUGUCAUCUCUGAACGUCUUUUGACCUUCAAGGACAUAAAUGGACUGGUUGAGCAAAAUGUUCAGCUCAGGAGUGUUGUUCGCAGUCUUUCUGAACAAAUUGAAAAUAAGGAGAUGGAAUUCAAGGAAAAACUUGAAAUGGAACUCAAGAAACAUACUGAUGAAGCUGCAACUAGAGUUGUGGCAGUACUACAGAGAGCUGAAGAACAAGGACAGAUGAUUGAAUCUCUUCACACAUCUGUUUCAAUGUACAAAAGGUUAUAUGAAGAGGAACACAAACUCCAUUCGGCUCUUCCUCUUCCUGUAGAGGCUGCUUCAGAAGACAGAAGACCCAACUUCAAGUUGCUUCUUGAAGGUUCUCAGGAAACAACAAGAAAGGCCCAAGAACAGGCUGCGGAACGAGUGAAACGUCUUGAAGAGGAGCUGGAAAAGUCUAGGAUUGAGAUUGCAUCCAUACGCUCAGAGCGUGAAAAGUUUGCUUUGGAAGCGAGUUUUUCAAGCGAGAGACUAGACCGAUUCAUGAAAGAAUUUGAGCAUCAGAGAGCUGAAAGUAAUGGCAUUCUAGCAAGGAAUGUGGAAUUUUCACAGUUGAUAAUUGACUAUCAACGAAAGUUGCGUGAAAAUUCUGAAUCUGUGAAUGCUGCGUCAGAGCUGUCGAGGAAGUUGAACAUGGAGGUUUCUGUUCUAAAGCAUGAAAAGGAAAUGUUAGUUAAUGCAGAGAAGAGGGCUUUAGAUGAAGUUCGUAGUUUGUCAGAGAGGGUUCAUCGCCUGCAGGCUAGUUUGGAUACUAUUCAAUGUGCAGAGCAAGUUCGAGAGGAGGCAAGAGCUGCAGAGAGGAAAAGACAAGAAGAGUAUACAAAACAAAUUCAGAGAGAAUGGGCUGAGGCGAGGAAAGAGCUACAAGAAGAACGGGAUAAUGUUCGAGCUUUAACCCAAGAACGUGAACAGACCAUAAAAAGUGCCAUGAGACAAGUUGAGGAAAUGGCAAAGGACCUAAGUAAUGCCUUGCAUGCUGCUGCAGCUGCUGAGACUAGAGCGACCUUAGCAGAGGUGAAAUUGUCUGAUCUGGAGAAAAAAAUUAAAUCUUCAGAUGUUAAGGAUCUUGAUAUUGAUGGUGCAAAUGGAUCUUCCUCCAUUUUUGGGAGUGAGACCAUUACGGAUUUGCGGGCAGCAAAGGAGGAGAUUGAAAAAUUGAAAGAGGAAGCACAUGUUACCAAGGAUCAUAUGCUGCAGUAUAAGAGUAUAGCUCAAGUGAAUGAAGAUGCACUUAAACAGAUGGAAUGUGCCCAUGAAAACUUUAAAGUUGAGGCUGAAAAACUAAAGAGAUCACUGGAAGCUGAACUACUUUCUCUUAGAGAGAAAGUUUCCGAACUUGAAAAUGAAUGUAGCUUGAAGUCUGAAGAAGUGGCUUCUGCAGCUGCAGGGAAGGAGGAAGAUCUUUCUUCUGCUUCAGCAGAAAUCAGAAGUCUAAAAGAGGAAAAUUCAGCUAAAGCGUCACAAAUUAUGACUAUGGAGAUCCAAAUUUCUGCUUUGAAAGAAGAUUUGGAUAAAGAACACCAGCGAUGGCGUGCAUGUCAGGAUAAUUAUCAAAGACAGGUUAUCCUCCAGUCAGAAACUAUACAAGAAUUGAAUAAAACUUCACAGGCUUUGGGUUUGCUGCAAGAGGAAGCAUCUGAGAUGCGUAGAUUGGUUGAUGCACAGAAAAGUGAAAAUAAUGACCUAAAGUCAAAGUGGGAAGCUGAGAAGGCAGCAGCUCUGGAGUUGAAGAAUGAUUUUGAAAAGAAGUACAAUGAACUCAAUGAACAGAACAAAAUACUGCAUAGUAGACUUGAGGCUUUACACAUUCAAUCAGCCGAGAAAGAUCGUUCUUCAUCUGGAUUGUCUAGUGGAACUGCUGGUCCAGAUGCUCUCAGUGAUGCUGAUUUACAAAAAGUCGUACAUUAUCUGCGAAGAACCAAAGAAAUUGCAGAGACUGAGAUUUCUUUGUUAAAGCAAGAAAAAUUGCGACUUCAAUCACAACUUGAGAGUGCAUUGACGGCUGCAGAAACAGCCCAAUCAUCACUUCAUUCUGAACGUGCAAGUUCAAGAACAUUAUUAUUUUCGGAGGAGGAAAUUAAAUCAUUACAACUACAGGUGAGAGAAAUGAACUUGCUUCGUGAAAGCAAUGUGCAACUCAGAGAAGAAAACAAGCAUAAUUUUGAGGAGUGCCAGAAAUUGCGUGAAGUGGCUCAAAAAGCUAAUGUCGAGAUUGAGAACAUGGAAAAACUCUUAAAGGAGAGUCAGAUUCAGGUGGAAGCCUGUAAUAAAGAAAUACUCAUCCAGAAGUUAGAGAAGGAACAACUGGAAAAGAGGGUGGCGGAGUUACUCGAAAGGUGUAAAAACAUUGACGUGGAAGAGUAUGAUCGUUUAAAAGACGAAGUUCAGCAGAUGCAGGAAAAAUUGAAAGAGAAGGAUUCUCAAUUAGAGGAAAACAAAAGGCUUCUUUCUGAAAAACAGGGAGCUGUGUCACUGUUGGAACAAGACCUCUGUAAUUGCAGAUCAGAACUAUCUGAAAGGGAGAAAAGGAUAAAUGAUAGUUUACAGGCUGAGGCAAGUCUGAAAUCAGAAGUGGAAAAGCAGAGGAAGAUGAUUUCUCAGCUAAAGAGGAGACUUGAGAUUCUGUCAAAGGAGAAGGAGGAACUGAGCAAAGAGAAUCAAGCUAUUACUAGGCAAUUGGAGGAGCUUAAACAAGCAAAAAAAUCUGGAGGGGAUACAUCUGGUGAUCAGGCCAUGAAGGAGGAGAAAGACACUAGAAUUCAGAUUCUGGAAAAGCACCUAGAGAGGCAGAGAGAGGAAUUGAAAGCAGAAAAAGCAAGGCGACUGAAAAAUGAGAAGGCAGUGAUGGAUUCUUAUAAAAACAUCGAGCAGGAGAAAGCAAAGUUUCUUGAUGAACUUGAGAAGCACAAGCAGUAUUCGAAGCGUCUCUCAGAUGAACUGGACAAGUAUAAGCAUGGAAAAGAAAGUCUCCCAGAGGGCACAUCACUGGCUCAGCAACUUCCUGGAUCUGAUUUGGAAGAACGUAGUAGUGCCUAUGUGUCAGCCGUAGAAAAUUACGAAAAAGCAUCACGUUCAGUUUCCAGUGAGCGUGGAGCUCAUGCCGUCCCUUCAGAAACUGCAGUUGCUGAUUCUACUGCAGUGGCUACAACUGCUUCUGCAGGUCUGGGAACGAGUUUACCAGCCAAAUCAACUGAAGAAAGUGAAAGAAGAUCUACUGCACUUAAAUCUGUUGAAUCUCGUAAAAUGGGCCGGAAAUUGGUUAGGCCACGCCUUCUCAAACCAGAAGAACCCCAAGGUGAUACUGAGAUGUCCGAGACAGAAGUAGCUAAUAAACCUGUAACAUCCACAGAAACAGAAACUCAAGGCAAUAGUUCUUCUGUACCUGUGAUACAAACUAACCUUCGAAAACGUCUGUCUUCAUCUUCUGAUUUUGGUUCUCGUGAAGAAUCAACUACCCAAGGGGAAAGUGGCUCUGAUGUGGCUGUACAUUUACUGAAGAAGCCAAAAGGGUCAGAACCUCUACAAGAGAGAGCCGAAGGGCAGGUUUCUGCUGUUUUGGAAAGUCUUGAAACACUUCCAGCCAUCGAGGAGGUCUCUGAUGUUGGGGAUUUGCCUCAAGCUGCAAAUGAGGAAGCCAUUACUGAUCUUGAGAAAGAAGAGGAAGUUGCAGGGGAGAAGGUUGAUGAGCCAAAAGAACCACAGAUAGGAGAGACAAACCAAGUUGAUUCUCAAAUUGACAACAGUAUCUUGGAAGAGAAUUUAGAUGGGGCAGCAGGGAAAGAGAUGGUGUCUGAUGAUGGAGCCCUUGAUAAUGCUGAUCUUGAGAACCAAUCAUCUAUGAUGGAAAUUGGAGGUGACAGAGAAGAGGGUGAGCUGUUGCCUGAUGCUGCAGAGCUAGAGGGUUCUGGUGAUGCAGUGGGGAGUGCUGAAUUAGUGGAAGCCCAGGCUCAACCUGAGCCUGCUGCAACGCCAGUCGCUUCACCUGCUAGGGUUGAUGAUGAGAUUCAAGAUGCUAGUGAGCUUACUUCUCAAGACAUUCCGAGUGAUGAGAAGAAUGAGGAAGCCGAUGUACCUGAAGAAACUGCUGAAGUUUCUGAUAAAUCAAAUGAUGGUACCGACCAAGCACCAGUGGAGGGGGAUCAGGUUGCAGAAGCUGCUUCAGUUGUCUCCGAAAGUACUGUAACAGUACCUACUUCAGAAGCUUCUGUUUCAAAACAGGAAAGUCCCAGUGUUGCUACAGAAUCUGAAGAGGUAAAACAGGUUUCGCCGUUGAGUGGUGGAUCCACUACCAUAAAUUUGUCAGAACGAGCCAGGCAGAGAGCUAUGCUAAGACAAGCUGGAGCUGGAGUAGUUUCUCCUUCACCCAGCAGAGGCCGUGGUAGAGGCGUGCCACGGGGUCGAGGGGUACGUGGUAGACGAGGACGUGGACCCACACCUAGUGAACAACCUUGAAAUUUUAAAGGUUAUUGUCAGCUGCACUAGCACUUCUGUUUCUUCAUAGCUCUAUUUCAGUGGUCAUUUUAUGAAUUUUGUAAGCAGUUUGUGAUGAAGGAUUUUGGCUAAGCUUUCAGACUUUUUAUAGAAGUUAUAGUAAAUAUCCCUAAAUGAGUAUUAGAAAGAUAAUGUCCUCAAGUCGUAAAUUAGAGAAAAAUGGCUCCUUUCUUUUCUGGCUUA